UGAGGACGAGGCAGCAGACAGCCGAAUAAAUGCAGUAUCUAAAUUUCAAAGAGGACUGCAAUGCCAUGGCGUUCUGUGCAAAAAUGAGGAGCUACAAGAAGAACGAGGUGAAUCUGGACGCCUUGGUGCCAGGGCUGGAGGUGGUGUUCUACCUGUCCGAUAGGAAGCCCCUCCACCUGCUCAGUGGCGAGUACACCGUGGAAGAACUCUGCAUCAAGGCUGCACAGGAGUGCUCACCUCCUGGAAGCCGGGCCCAUAGCAGCCUCCUUUCCUGCUGCAGUAGGGAAACACGUUUCUUGAGGUUCUACUUCACCAACUGGCACGGCACCAACGAGAACGAGCAGUCAGUGUGGAGACACUCCCCGAAGAAGCAGAAAAACGGCUACGAGAGGAGGCGCGUCCUGGACGGGACGCCCCUGCUCGACGCCUUCUCGCUGGAGUACCUGUUUGCUCAGGGACAAUAUGAUUUGGUCAAAUGCUUGGCUCCUGUCCGAGACCCAAAGACGGAUCAGGAAGUGCACGAGAUCGAGAACGAGUGUCUGGGGAUGGCGGUGCUGGCCAUCUCGCACUACGCCAUGAUGAAGAGCAUACAACUCCCGGACCUGCCCAAGGACGUCAGUUACAAGCGAUAUAUUCCAGAAACCCUGAACAGGACCAUCAGACAAAGGAAUCUCUUAACCAGAAUGCGAAUAAAUAAUGUGUUCAAGGAUUUCCUUAAGGAAUUUAACAACAAGACCAUUUGUGACAGUAGCGUAACUCCCCAUGACCUGAAGGUGAAAUACUUGUCCACCUUGGAGACUCUCACCAAACAUUAUGGAGCCGAAAUUUUUGAGACUUCCCUCCUGCUGAUUUCAUCCGAAAAUGAAAUGAAUAAGUUCAUCUCAAAAGACUGCGGGGACGUCAUACGCUACGAAGUGAUGGUGACCGGCAAUCUUGGCAUACAGUGGAGGCAAAAACCAAUUGUGGUUCCUGUUGAGAAGGAGAAAAAUAAACUAAAGAGGAAGAAACAGGAUGGCAAGCACAGGAAAGAUGAUGAGAAAAACAAAACCCAAGAGGAGUGGAACAACUUCUCCUACUUUCCUGAAAUCACUCAUGUUGUCAUCAAGGAAUCUAUGGUCAGCAUUAACAAGCAGGAUAACAAGAAGAUGGAGCUGAGCCUGUCUUCCCACGAGGAAGCCCUGUCCUUCGUGUCUCUGGUGGACGGGUACUUCCGGCUCACGGCAGACGCCCAUCAUUACCUCUGCACGGACGUCGCCCCUCCGCUGAUCGUGCACAACAUCGAGAAUGGCUGCCACGGUCCGAUCUGCACCGAGUACGCCAUCAACAAGCUGAGACAAGAAGGAAGUGAGGAGGGCAUGUACGUCCUCAGGUGGAGCUGCACAGACUUUGACAACAUCCUCAUGACCGUGACCUGCUUCGAGAGAUCUGAGCAGAUGCUGACGAGCCAGAAACAGUACAAGAAUUUCCAGAUUGAAGUGAAGAAGGGGAGAUACUCUCUACACGGCUCAGACCGAGUGUUCCCCUCCCUCAAGGACCUGAUGGACCAUCUUAAAAAGCAGAUCCUGAAAACAGACAACAUCAGUUUUGUCCUGAAGAAAUGCUGCCAGCCAAAACCAAGAGAAAUUUCCAAUCUGCUUGUGGCCACCAAGAAGGCCCAGGAAUGCUUGCCAGUGUAUACAAUGAGCCAGCUGAGUUUCCAUCGCAUUCUUAAGGAAGAUAUCAUUCAGGGAGACCACAUGGGACGAGGCACUCGGACCCAGAUCUACUCGGGGACCCUGGACUACAAGGAUGACGAAGGCAGCUCCGAUGAGAAGAAGAUGAAAGUGAUCCUCAAAGUCUUGGACCCCAGUCACAGGGACAUUUCUCUGGCAUUCUUCGAGGCUGCCAGCAUGAUGAGACAAGUCUCCCACAAGCACAUCGUGUAUCUAUAUGGCGUCUGUGUCCGGGAUGUGGAAAACAUCAUGGUGGAAGAGUUUAUGGAGUUUGGCCCCUUGGAUCUCUUUAUGCAUCGGAAAAGUGAACAACUCACCACGCCGUGGAAAUUUAAGGUUGCCAAACAGCUGGCCAGUGCACUGAGUUACUUGGAAGACAAAGAUUUAGUCCAUGGGAACGUAUGUGCCAAAAAUGUCCUCUUGGCCAGAGAGGGCCUGGAAGGCGAGUGCAGCCCCUUCAUCAAGCUCAGUGACCCCGGGAUCCCCAUCACCGUGCUGUCUCGACAGGAGUGCGUAGAACGGAUCCCGUGGAUUGCGCCAGAGUGCGUGGAUGAUUCCAAGAACCUGAGUGUGGCUGCUGAUAAAUGGAGCUUUGGCACAACCCUCUGGGAGAUCUGCUACAACGGAGAGAUCCCCUUGAAAGAUAAGACGCUGGCAGAGAAAGAGCGCUUUUACGAAGGUCGGGUGAUGCCCGUCACGCCCUCGUGCAAGGAGCUGGCCAACCUGAUGACCCAGUGCAUGAACUACAACCCCAGCCAGAGACCCUUCUUCCGAGCCAUCAUGAGGGACAUCAAUAAGCUUGAAGAGCAGAACCCAGAUAUCGUUUCAGAGAAGCAGCCAAUGACCGAGGUAGAUCCGACCCAUUUUGAAAAGCGGUUCUUAAAGAGGAUCCGCGACUUGGGAGAGGGCCACUUUGGGAAAGUUGAACUCUGCAGGUACGACCCCGAGGGGGACAAUACCGGAGAGCAGGUUGCGGUCAAGUCCCUGAAACCGGAGAGUGGCGGCAACCAGAUAGCGGACCUGAAGAAGGAAAUCGAGAUCCUGAAGAAACUUUACCAUGAGAACAUUGUGAAAUACAAGGGCAUUUGUACAGAGGAUGGAGGAAACGGGAUCAAACUCAUCAUGGAGUUCCUGCCUUCUGGGAGCCUCAAGGAAUACCUUCCUCGGAAUAAGAGCAAAAUUAACCUCAAGCAGCAGCUCAAGUACGCCGUUCAGAUCUGCAAGGGGAUGGACUACUUGGGGUCUUGUCAGUAUGUGCACCGAGAUCUGGCAGCAAGGAACGUCCUGGUGGAGAACGAGCACCGGGUGAAAAUCGGGGACUUUGGCCUAACGAAGGCCAUCGAGACCGACAAGGAGUACUACACGGUGAAGGACGACCGAGACAGUCCUGUGUUCUGGUAUGCCCCGGAAUGUUUAGUUCAGAGCAAAUUCUAUAUCGCCUCUGACGUCUGGUCGUUUGGGGUCACGCUGCACGAGCUGCUCACCUACUGCGAUUCCGAAUCCAGUCCCAUGGCGAUGUUCCUGAAGAUGAUCGGCCCAACCCAAGGCCAGAUGACCGUCACACGGCUCGUGCGUGCAUUAAAGGAAGGAAAACGUUUGCCGUGCCCACAGAACUGCCCAGAAGAGGUUUACCAACUAAUGAAGAAAUGCUGGGAGUACCAACCAACCAAUCGAACAACAUUUCAGGAGCUCAUCAAUGGAUUUGAAGCACUUAUCAAAUAGAAUCCCAUCCAGCAGACAUUGGUUUAAGUGCCUACUGUGUGCCAGGCACUCUGCUAAAUGUUGGGGUUUGGGCAUCCAAAAAAGCAUUCUUUUGUUUUAUCACCUAGCAGUUGGCAGUUGGCCUUCUCUAGAAGUCCUAAGUACUUAAGCUCAAGUGGGGGGGUGGGGGGGGCUCGACAAGGCUCUUGGGAAAAAAAAUCUGAAGUGUUUCUAUUCUCCCCAAACUUGGUCAUUUGUUCAUAAAAGAUUUAUCGAGUGCCUGCUGUGUACAGAGGUGCUUAAUGUGCUAAGGAUAGUUCUUAAGAAGUGAUGAGGACGGAAUGGUUAGAAAUAGAAGAAAGCUACAUUUUUAACACUCCUCUUACUGGAAGGCAUCCACCACCAGCCACUGAAGUUGGGGACUCUCAUUUCACUGGGCUGCUGGUUGCUGAUGAUCUUAGUGACCCAACACGUCAUGAGAAUAGUUAUUUCGGGAAGCAAGAGACCCGCCAAAAUCCUCUCUCAAAUGAUUUGCUUUCAAUGAGUCCAUUUUCCUGAUUUGUCAAAUCAAGGCAAAGGCUUAGCGAGUUACUUUGCAUUGUACAUACAGACGUGGAGUAUCUAGACAAUGGACCAAACCCUGCCAAAUACCAACAUCACGGACUGUUCUUUGUAUUCGAAGGGAAUUCUACUGACUUGGCUUUGAGCUUCCCCUCCGUCAUCUUCUCGGAUCCCUGAUGUCCAGUGAUGACCGUCUAUAAAAAAGCUUGGCCGGGCCAAAGGAUGCAGCCUGUGUCCACUGCACAGAGCCUUUUUCUAUAUGAAUCUGACUUGGGAACUGGAUGGAUGGCCUUGACUUUGUUAGCCACAUGUCCUAGCCAGCGGGUCUAGAAGAGCCCCGAUACCACUUCAUAGGCUUUUUUUUCCUUUUCAUUCUUUUUUUUUUUAAUCCUUCCCUUCUGUCUUAGUGUCAGUUCUAAGCCAGAAG